AGAGAGAAGAGACCAAGGCGGUGGGCAAGGGCAGAACCAGCACUAACACCCAGAGCGACUCCUCCGGCUGCAUCCCGGCCCGCACUGCUCCUCCAUCGCUGCUGUCAGGAUGAGAGCGGUGGGGCUCUUCUUGCUGUGUCUGCCAGCGCUCCUGGUCCAGGGACAGUACAGCAGGUUUGAAGGCAUCACCUACCCCGAGCCGGUACAAUAUUCCCAGUACGACCAGCAAUCAGAAAUUCAGGAUUACUACGACUAUCACGAUGUCACCCCCCGUGCCCCCGAGGAGCAGUUUCGGUACCAGUCCCAGCAACAAUCCCAGCAGGAAAUCGUACCGGCUCCGACCCCAGGUGGCUGCUGCCCCGAGACUGAGCCCACGGAGCCAGGACCCCUCGACUGCCGGGAGGAGCAAUACCCCUGCACCAGGCUCUACUCCGUGCACAAGCCCUGCAAGCAGUGCCUGAACGAGAUCUGCUUUUACAGCCUCCGCCGGGUUUACGUGAUCAACAAGGAGAUCUGCGUCCGCACCGUGUGCGCCCACGAAGAGCUGCUGCGAGCCGAUCUCUGCCGCGACAAGUUUUCCAAGUGCGGGGUGAUGGCCACCAGCGGGCUCUGCCAAACCGUGGUCGCAUCCUGCGCCCGCAGCUGCGGCGGAUGCUGAGCUCGAAGUGUGUGGGGG